AUGAGAAAGAAGCCAAGACUUAGUGAAUUCAUUAAAGAAAAAUUGGAAGCUCGAACUAUUCCCGGUUUGGAAUAUAUCGACAGAGAUAAAAUGGUAUUUCGUAUACCGUGGAAGCAUGGUGCUAAGCAAGGUUAUCAAAUUGAAACCGACGGUGUUAUCUAUGUCGAAUGGGCUAAAGUUACAAAUAAGUACAGCAAGUAUUAUAAUAAACCUAAUGUAUGGAAGACCAAUUUUCGAUGUGCUAUCAACUCAUUGCCAGAUGUGAUUUGCCUGGAUGAUGAGCAAGAUAAAGUUAAUGGCAAAUUAAGAAGUGAUAAGGAAUAUCGUAUUUUCCAGUUUGUCUCACCCGACAGAAAGCAAACAAAGGAACGGAACUGCAGAAAUGGCUUCAAGGUGAAAUCUCAAAAGCAAAAUAUUGACUCUUCACGUUCAAGAAAGGUCAAGAAAACCAAGAAGUAUAAAACCCAGGAAACUCGUAAUGUAGGCCAAAAUAUCAAUGCGGAUCUUGCACCAGUAAAAACCGAAUCAGAUUCGUCUGAAAUAACCCAUCUCAAUUCUAUCGAAGAACAACUUUAUGAUGUUUCAAUAGCAACUACUGAUAUACACUUGCAAAAUUCAUUUAGCAACAUGACUCCUGAUUGGAAUGAUUGCAAUCGAGCGCUGCCUACAGCAUUUGACGGAGAGAUUCGAUUUGCUCAUCAAGAUGAUAAUCAAGAUGGAACAUUUAGUUACCAUGAUAAUACUGCUACAAAUGAAACGACAACGAUCGAGCCAUUGUCAUCAAUACCAGCUUAUCGGGAAAUUCUAUCCUAUAUAAGACCCAGUGAGAAUUCCGAUGAUGGAUAUAUACCUUUUGAUGGUUACUCUCCUAGCGAAUAUAAUUGUAGCUAUCAUUAUCCAGUCUGUCUCCAAGGCCAUAAUGCAAGUUUAUGUCAAAGCGGAUAUUGA